CUUUUAGUUGCUCUGCGUUCGUCGUUGUCAUCAAAUGGAAAGCACUGAGAGCCUGGACGGCAGCGAUUGUGAUUUCAAUGGCAUCUCUGAGGUGCCACAGGUGGGUCACCUGCCCACUGAGCCGUUUGAGUUUGUUUGUCCCGCCUGCCAGCAGCUGCAGACAAGUCAGGUGGAAUACGAGGCUGUCACCUACCUGCAAAAGAUCACCUGUAGUUUGAAUAAAGUGCUAUGCUGUAAUCCCAUUCGCUGGAAUGGUAGACAGGACAUUAAUCACUAUUGCAGCGCCUGCGGCUGCUUCAUUGGCCGCCACAUCACUCUCAGCUGGUAUAAGCGCGCUCUGUUCCGCAUGCAGCGCUCCGAGGUGGAGGACUAUGGACGUUGGCAGCGCUUCCGAAAGGUCGAGAAGGAACAACUUGAUGAAAAGAAGCUGGGCAAACAGCGUGCAGCACUCACAAAGAACUAGUUCCAGGUUCAGUUUCAUAAUUAAAAUAUCAUUUAUUUACAAA